UCAAACUGUCAUUUCCUCAUGUCACUUGAAAGCUUUAACUAGGGGGAGAGAAGUAUCCCACAAGGCACCACUGCGCAAGCGAAGAAAUCUCGGUGCAUCAGGAAGAAACCAGCGUGAUGAGUUCUGAACAUCAGAAGUCACAAUGGAGAUGACUCUAUUGUCCAUCACAGUGUGGUUCACUCACUUCCUCAUUGCCUCAGCUCUUUAUUCUGACACACUGUCUCCAUACACCCUGAGUGACUACACUGAAACCACGCUAGUAACUACAGCAACAACAAAAACAAACCCAGAACCGACGACCCUUAUAUAUUCAACGGCUUCAUCACCUCUGACGGCAUCAACAACAGAGGACAGCAAAACAAAUGCGCCCACUGAAGUCUAUACCCAACCAAAUAUAACCUCAAAUGUAAUUCUAACACAGGAAACAGCAUCCUUGCAUGAACACAACACCAGUACACCAUCUCAAAAUGGCAUGACGGAUGAUGGCGAGAGUGUUAGCACUGCUGGUGAUGUUACUAUGAGCCAUGCAGAUACAAGUCAUACAACAGUUUCCAGUAACUUUGCAAGACUGACGCCACAAAGGGACGACAGUAAUGAAACAGGAACAAUGUCAAGCAUGAGUUACAACUAUGAUGGGAGCACCGUUAAGACUGCAGACAUCUUUUCAGACCCAGUCAACAGUGUCUCAACAGUGCCCUGGAGACAUUCGACAGAGAACGAGGACGUGAAAACGAAAGCCGAUGAAGGAAAUUAUGAAACAAACUCCACCCAGGCCACAUUUGCUAAUAUGACUGAGGAGUCGAGAGGAACACGAGGCACUGAGGGAAGUUAUGGGUUUACAAGUGAACACAGAGAGGAACAUUACAACACAUCAGUGAAUACAACUGAUGUGAGUGCUACAACAGAAACAGUGAGUAACGAAUGGUCAACUUUACAAAGCACAGAUAUUCCUAUUACCACACCAGGUUAUACAACAGAGCAAGGCCUGAUGGUUACAAAUGCAUCUGAAAACCACACCUCAAUAGGUGGUGUAAUAAACUCUACAACGCAGCAGAACACACACGGGUUCACAAACUCUACACCACCCAUGGGAAGAGAAAACAGGACAGGAACAGGAACACCCACACCCGUUGGUACCACCACCAGUAUCAACAUCUCAAUCAUAACCGAUGUCAUAACUGACAACAGCCUAAAUACCACAACCGUCAGAACAAACAAAACUGACCCCGAAAACAAAGUGGGGCAUACAUGUGUGAACACAAGCCCAGAACCUCAUUCUCGAAAAUCCACGCUGGUCUGCCUCAUCACACUGUUUACUUUAGCAAUGACCGCCACCAUAUUUCUAGGCAUAAGCAUCUUCCUUUGGGUGCGUCUGUCGGUCUUCAAAAAAGAUGAGGAAAGAGAAAGGAGGUCGGACGAGUGAGAAGGAGAGCCUCUGGGCCGACCCCAAAGCUUCGGUGCAGGACAGAGUUGAGUUCUGGUACGUCAACGGAUCCACGCUGGAGGCCGACAGGAAGGAGAAGGACAGAAAGAGGCAGGAGAGGAUGAAGAGAAGAGGACGGGAGCAGGAUAAAGAGGAGAACAGCCUGUGGAUUCAGCCUAGAGUGACUGUGGAUGACAUAACGGAGUUCUGGUACGCAAACAGACGCACGAGAGAGGAGAGGAUGCGUGACACGUAGUCAUAAACUUUGAAAGACACCAAAGGAAACAACUCAGAUUUCGGUGAAAAAAAUUUAUUUGAGCAACUAAAUAAGUCUGAAAAAGAAUUCUGAAUGUUGUUCUUGUGGUCAUGGGCCUUUAAUUGUCAGAGGGAUUUGUGUUCAGCUAGAAAAAAAAAAAAGACAAAAGAAAAAAGACAAACUCUAGGUUGACUGAACUAUUAAAUAUCGACAAAGCUGACAUUAAAUAACGAAUGAAAGAGCAAGAGCUUUAAUUAUCAUGAAUGUGAGUUUCCUAGUCAGAAACUCGACGCAAAUGACCUCUUAAAAGUCAUAUUUAUAAAUGGAUUUAUAAAUAUAAGUUUCUGAGUUAGGUGGGCCAUAUGAUUUAAUGUAUGUAAUUACAUUAUGUAAUUUUCACCGCUAGAACAUGUUCAAAACAAACAAAGAAACAAAGGCGUAGUUUGAUGACGCGGUGAUUGAGUGUGGAAUCAUGGGAGUUGUUGUCUUCAUCUUUACAUCCAAUGCAAUCUGAUGGGACUUGGGUGGAAAUCAUGUUCAUGGAUGAGCUAAUGUAUUAAAGUUUUAUUAAUGCCACUGUAGUAUGUGGCAGGAUGAAGCUGAAAGCUGUGUUAGCGUAACGAGGCUGCUGGAGUGAUUGCUAAUGAAGGAUGAAUGCUACACACAGCAUGAAAGCUGCAGAGCUUUAAUUAUGCCACAGUCAAGCACUUCCGCUCUUUCCGGUCAUGCGUUAUGUGGGGUAAAGCAGCGAUGUUUUAUCAAACUAGACACAUUGACUCUGUUAAGUUGUGUUAUAAUGCUACUCUGUGCGUUCGUCACCUGUCUAAUAAAACGCAUAACAUAUUAAAAAAUCUUUGGUGUUUCCAUAAUUUCUACAAAAUAAAGCCGGAAAUCGAAGGUGUAUGAUGUCACUAGCAGGCGACGCAAUGACAAGGGACGAAACACUAGAUAAAUUUCUUAUUUCUGUAGAUUUAAACAUUCUCGGAAACAUUUGGGAUAGUGUAAGUACACAAGACAACAAAAUAUAUAACACUAGGUGUGUUUCCAUUACAGAUUUAAAGUAUUUUAAAAAUAUCGUUAAAAAAAAUGUUGAGAAAUGACAGCGUUUCCAUUAACCGAUGUUAUGCAACUAAAACGGAAUAUUUUCCUUUUGCGAUAGUUCAUGGCGAAUGAUGGUGGUAGAUUUAUGUAUAUCGCAGACAUUACACUAGCCAUUAAUUUUAAUUGUAGGAGACAUAGGCGUCUAUCUUUACAGAAGCAGCGUGGAGAGCCGGUUCUGGGACUGUUAGAAACGUGCCGUGGCGUGUUAUAGUACAUUAAAGAAUGAUCACGUGACUUUUAAGUACGCAAGGUGACCUGUAAAUGCGAAAAAGCCGCUUCCAAUGCAGUUUUAUGAAUAUUCCUUUUUUGAACUGCCUGAAAAACCACCACAUGCAAGCUUUUUUUGAUAUAUGGGAGUUUUCGCAAAAUUGACGCGUUUCCGUUAGGCAUAUUUUCAAUUAACAAUUUUAAUUUGUGCAAUUUGAAAGGAAAGGAAACACAGCUGCUCUUCUAGUGGAUUUAUUAAAAUGUUACAUAUUGUGCCUUUAAAUUUUAUAGAGGAGAAAAUCAAAAUAUUUGCAUUUCUUUCUCUUGCCAUUAUGCUCAUGUAUAUUUAAGUAAAUAACCAUUAAUUUAAUGCAUAUUGUUUGCAUUUUACACAGCAACAAUAAUAUAUAUAUAUUUUUUUUUAUGAAAUUCUGGAAUUGUUGACAAGAUGACUAUCUAGAUAGUGCGGUGAAUGUAUACAAUAGUGCAGUGAAUGUUCAUAUGGUUACCAACUUAUGGGAUGACAGAUUUCAUUCAAAAUCUGUUAGAUAUUAACUAAAUAUCUUCAAUGCAUUUUGGCUUCAGUACAGUUUCUUCAAGAAACAGGCAAGAAUGAAACCGCCGUCUUCCAUGAUUUCUAUUGUUUUUUACAACAAAGCACUUAAACACAACAAACUCGUGAUAACUUCAAAAGUGGGAAGUACAAAUUGUACGAUAGCACAUGAAGGCAGCAUGACAGUGCCAAGUUUGGUGGUGAGGGUCCAGACAACAGGCAGCUGAUGCUCGGUUUGAUUACCGAUGAUGCAAUAAUUUGUGUUUUUGGUCAAAGCAAGAGGAUGUAUGAUGAUGUAAAUAUUUGUUUUUCGCGAUGAGAUGUUUUAGCUCUACGUAUGUGGCGGUUUUUUUUUCAUUUUAUUUUGUUGUUAAAGUUAUUUUUCAAGUCACCAUUAAAGUGUUCUCUGUAAAGUUUCUUCUAUUUUACUGAAUAAACACAUGCACAACUUGUU